UCUAUGACGGCAGUGAGGAAGAAGAUGAAGACUAUGGGCUGGCACCCAGUGUGGAGGAAAUCCCUGAGGAUGCAGUCUGCUUGGUCAUGAAAAGGGAGAACAGCCUUCAUGGAACACUUAGUCGCAGUGCCUGGACCAGUGACUCUAAAAUCUUCAACAGUACUGACUAUCCAGCCUCUCAGAGGAAUAUGAGACUUGGGGUCUAUGGAGCUCUGGGGUUAGCACAAGGUAUAUGUAUGCUUGUCGCAAACCUCUGUAGUGCCUACAGUUUCACCCAUGCAUCAAACAUCUUGCACAAGCAACUACUGAACAAUAUCCUUCGAGCACCCAUGAGCUUUUUUGACACAACACCCAUAGGACGAAUUGUGAACAGGUUUGCUGGCGAUAUUUCCACGGUGGAUGACUCCCUCCCUGUGUCCUUGCGCAGCUGGGCUAUGUGUUUCCUGGGGAUAAUCAGCACCCUUGUCAUGAUCUGCAUGGUCACCCCUGUCUUCACCAUAGUCAUCAUUCCUCUUGGCAUUAUUUAUGUGGCUGUUCAGUUCCACAGACCCUAUAGUCAGGGUCUUGUGGCCUUGUGGCCUGGUGGCAUUCUGGUGUUUGUGUGCAGUUCCUCAGGUGAGGAAGUGAUCAAUGACGCCUCUCUCUCUCUGGUUCUGUUGCCCCACAGGUGGCUUGCAGUUCGUCUGGAGUUUAUUGGGAACCUGGUCAUCUUCCUUUCAUCCUUGAUGAUGGUUAUUUACAGAGAUACCCUAAGUGGGGACACUGUGGGCUUUGUUCUGUCCAAUGCACUCAAUAUCACACAAAUCCUCAAUAUGCUAGUGAGGAUGACGUCAGAAAUAGAGACCAACAUUGUGGCUGUUGAGCGAAUCAAUGAGUAUAUAAAAGUGGAAAACGAGGCACCCUGGGUGACUGAUAAGAGGCCUCCAGCAAGUUGGCCCAAUAAAGGUGAGAUCCGCUUUAGCAACUACCAAGUACGGUACCGGCCUGAGCUGGAUCUGGUACUGAAAGGGAUCACUUGUGACAUCAGGAGCGCAGAGAAGAUUGGUGUGGUGGGCAGGACAGGAGCUGGGAAAAUAAUGGUCCUAGACAAUGGAAAGAUUGUAGAGUAUGGCAGCCCUGAAGAAUUGCUGCAAAACCGUGGCCCCUUUUAUUUUAUGACCAAAGAAGCUGGCAUUGAGAAUGUGAACACCACAGCACUCUAG